GGGAAGCUGGGCCCCCCCAGCAGCACUGCCUUGGGACACCUGCCUCCUGCCCAGAGCUGUGCUGUCCUGCAAGAGGACAGAAGGAAAAUGCUGUACAUCUCCUGGGCUGCCCUGCCUCAGGUAGGUGGAUGCUCUGUAGCUUCCUGCUUCAGGGCUGGAGGUGCAGGCAUCCCUGGGUGGCACAGAGGGCUGUGCUCAAGCCCUUUCCCACCAACGUGAGGCAUCUCAUGUGAAGAGGAGCUCCAGUGGCAACUGUAGUGGGCCUAGUGCAGAGAAAGCUAAGGAAGCACUCAGGGCUUUCCCUGGGAUGGAAAGUCACAGGGGCAGCUGAGAUGGUGGUGGCUGCAUGCCAGGAACCUGGGUGGCAGAGGGCCCAGGCUGUCUCCCCUGCCCUGAAGGCUGGCACACAGCCAGGGUCAAGUGCUCGUCCAGCAGCACAAGGUUGCAGAGGUGCCUGGGCUCCUCAGCCUGCAGGAGGUGGGCAGUGCAAGCACAGUGGAGCAGUCUGGAGCAGCGUGAGAGCAGUGAAACCCCCAUGGCAAGAGAACAGAAGGCCCCACAAUGGUGACAAGAGCUUGUUCUUCACACACUGGCAGCACCUCACUGUGAUAGGUGAUGAGCAUCACUGGCCUGGAGAGAAACAGGGUGUGCUGUGACAGCAGAUCUGGCUGAAGGGAGCAGCCCCAGCCUGGGCUCAUCCUUUGUGGUCCUUGGCACCUGCAGGUUACCAAGAGGACUUAGGUGAACAUCUACCACGUCUUGUCCAGUGGCUCCAACUCCCAUCCUCUAUCAGCUGCCUCAGCCACAGGCACUCUCUCCAAGCUGUGAAAUAAAUGGUGGAAUUUUUUUUCCUGUGCACUAAAGCACCAAGCUUACUCUCCUUGAGCACCCAGAGUCCCUGUGCUGGGUUGUGUGGUGCUGAGCACAGAGGUUCCUCAAUUCUGUCCAUGAAUGGCUGUCACUGGGAGGAAUCUCAGUCUCUGGGGCAUUGAGGGGAGACAACAGGGCCCAGAAAGGCUCAGCACCCCAUGCCAGCUGCCUCUAGGAGAGCAAACCUUUGUGGGGGAGAAGUCUCCUCUGGGAAGAAAAGUGGUUCAUCAGGGAGAGGGGUCACUGACACCCCACUCCUCUUAAAAGAGUUCUCUUGGGUUUAGGGGUGCUGUGGCUCUAUCCUGCCUUUGCCAGGAACUUACUGCAGGCCUGGGCACACUGCUCACCACCUUGGUCCUGGUCUCUGCAGUGUAUUUUCUUGGCUUAUCAGCUCCUUCUCCCAGCACCCAUGUCAGUCAUCAGAGCUGCUGGAGGGCAGACUAGACACAGGAUGUUCUGCAGGGCUGGCAGCAGCUGGGCAGAUGUGUGCCCCACAGGGAGAUCCCUGCUGCCUUUGUCACUGCCCCCUCCUGAGCGGCAGGUUUGCUUUAAAGACCCUGGCUUCCUUUUAUUACUUCCCCUCUCAAAUUUCAACUGGUUGCAAGGGCUAUUUUUAGCAGCCUGCCUUCUAAAAAUAGCCCCGAGCUGUUUGGAGUUGCGUCACAAGAGGUAAUUCUCGCCCGUGAGUGGCUUGGCCUCUGCACCCCAGGAGGCUACAAAAGGAGGCCAGGAGCAGCAGGGUCAGCAGGUUCAGCCACAGCCCGAGGCGAAGGAGCCAGCGGUUCCCUGCCAGCGGUUCCCUGCCAGCUGCAGCCACCCCAGCCCCAGCAGCAUGACCAUCUUCUGCAGCCACUGCCACCGGCCGCUGCAGGCAGAGAUGAGCUGCCUGCCCGCCAGGGCCAAGCAGGCGCCCGGCACCUCGAGGCCGUUCAGGUCAACCAAGAGUGCUUCCAAGGCUCGCCGAGAUCAGAUCAACGCGGAGCUGCAGGCGCUGCGCUCCCUGCUGCCCAUCUCUGCACAGGAGAAGGAGCGGCUCUCCUACCUGCACACCAUGGCCCUGGUGUGCCUCCGGCUGCGGGGGGCUCAGCUGUUCCCUCCAGGCUUGGCUCCUCCUACGGGACCGGCCCUUGGCACAGAACUACUCUCCCUGCUCCCGGGGUUUCUGCUUGUGCUCUCAGCAGACAGCAAGCUGGUCUACAUCUCAGAGAACGUGACUCAGGUCCUGGGCCUCUCCGUGGUGGAGCUGCUCGCCCAGGGGGACACGGUCUUUGACAUCCUGGAUGGGCGAGUGGGAGAGGAUGUGCACAAGAAACUCCUCCUUGCCCGGGAGGAGCCUGGCAGGGAAGUCACUUUUGUCAGCGAGAUGCGCACGUCCAAGGCCUUCCGGCUGCAGCACGGCGGGAAUCGGGUGGUGGCAGUGUGCGGGCGCUUUGUGGCCCUGCGCUGGCCACCCUCCCCCUCCACCACAGCCUUCCUGGCUCUCUGCACACCCCUUGUGCAGUCGCCCACAGAUGGCGAAGCUGCUUCCCAGGAUGAUGUAUUCCAGAGCAUGCAUCUGCUGGACAUGACAUUUAUUGAUGUCACCGAAAGUGUCACCUACCACCUAGGCUACCACCGGGAGGAGCUGGUCGGUCAGUCGUGGUACAGCCUCCUGCACCCUGAGGAUGCUGACCUGGCGGCUGCCCAGCACAGGGCCGUGGCGCUGGGGCCCGGGGCCGGGCCGGCAGCGGGGAGCGCCGUGCUGCGAGUGCUGCGCAAGGACCGCGCCUGGAGCUGGCUGCGCGUGUGGGCGCGGCGGGACGGCGGCUGCAUCACCUGCACCUGCCGCUGCCUCAGGGAGGAGGAGGCGGCCCACCUGCGCUCCCGGCAGCCCCGCGCUGCUGUCCCGCCCGCGGGCCGGGAUCUGGGCCGGCUGGCCGAGCAGCUCCGCGCCCUGGCCGACAGCCUCUCGCCGCCCGCCGCCGUGCCCUGCCGCUGGGCUCGUCCCCAGGGAGCCCAGGACGAUGCCUCUGCCUGCCUUGGGAACUCCCUGCUGCACCCUCCCCAGCUGCUUCGGUUUCCUUUCGAACAGAAGAUGGGGUGCAGCGUUCCAAGUGUGCUCUCGCAGGUGUCGAGCGCUCAGAGAUGCUGACACCCUGGGUCUGCUGGCUGUGCCUUUCCUAGUGCAGGCCACUGCGUGUAACCACACCGCCUUUCAGCCUGCUGCUCGCUUCUGGCAGCUGCAGCUGAUCCACUCGGAGGCCGCGGCAAACCCUCGUUCCAUACUCUUGGUGCUCGUGUGGGAAACUCUGGGCUGCGGUAAAUCCGGCAUCAGGGCACUCAGUCCAGCAGCGCAAGGGGAUCCUGCACUUAAAAACACUUAUUGACUGCUUAGUUGGAUAUCACCGCCGGGGCCUUUGUGUGCGUGACCCGUUCCGCAGGAAGGAAGGAUUUUUGCUAUUAAAAAAAAAAUAAAAAUAAAAUAUACAAUA